CAACAAUUUAUCGGUGUCAAAAAAAAAAAAAAUAAUUUAUCUUCGAGCUCCUUUGCUCUGUCUCAGUCCGCCGAAUUCUUUGAUUUGUUACUUAAUUACAAAUGGGUUUCUCCAAAGAUCAGCUGCUUAAUCAUCUUCAGGAACUUGAGAUUGAUUAUUCCAAGUAUGAGCAUCCUCCUGUUCUAACAGUCGAAGCACAGGCUAAGUAUGUAAGUAGUAGCGAGGGGGCACUAAGUAAGAAUCUCUUCUUGAAGGACAAGAAACAUCGAUAUUACAUCGUUUCAGCUAUGGUAGAUACAAAAGUUGACAUUAAAGUUUUAUCUCAGAGACUUGGUCUUGGAAAAGGAGGAAUAAGAAUGGCUCCUGAAGAAGCACUUGGUGAGCUAUUGCAGGUGUCCCUUGAAUGUGUUACCCCAUUUGCCGUUGUAAAUGAAUCAGCAAGAGAUGUAUCGCUCUUGCUAGACAAAAAUUUCAAGAACCCAACACGCUGCAUCUUCCACCCAUUGUCUAACGACGUCUCAAUCUCUCUUAACACAUCGGGUCUGGACAAGUUUCUCCGAUCGAUUGGGAGAGAUCCCGUAUACAUUGACCUCGAGGCUAACCCGGUGGUUGGUAAAGACCAGCCUCCAGAUCUAGCUGUCUAUGUUCCGUUUAAUUCAGUUGUUGUUCCCGAGCUUCCUAAUAAAACACCUUCUGUACAAACCCCUCCAAAGAAUGAGUCAGGAGAGACUAAGCCUGUUACUUCAGCCAAACCAAGCAAAUCAGCCUGUAAGUUCAAGAAUGUCGCUGAGAAUUCAGCUCCAUUAGCUUUCAAGAACCCCGAGAAAUUCGUGGAGGAGAUUUUGGACAAAACAUCAGCUCUAUUUUUGUCCGAGGGGAAGGGAAAGAGUGUGGAGGCUUUGACAGAAACACAGAGAAAACGCCUUGCCGCAGAGUUAACACACCUCGCUAUUAUGUACAAAAACACAGCGUACACGGAAGGUUUUCAAGCCGGUAAAUGUUACCAACCAAAGCGACUGUAAGAGAGGUUCGGUUUGCAUGCAGAAUGGGAGAUAUUGGAGAAGAGAAAAACAUACCGGUUUACGCAUUCUCUAUUUUCUUCGUUGUACAACAGAUUUAGUUAGACCAAAAAAAAUAUUAUGAGUAUUUAAUUUGAGUUUUGGAUCCAGUUCAAAGCUAACUAAAAAUAUCACCAAAUCAUUGAGUUUU